CUCGGGGGUUUUCUUCCCCUUUAGUCUCCCUUCCAAAGCGACAAAUCACACCAAUGAUGAAACUGACAUUGGUAUUAAAGGUGUGAGCUGGCUGCUCUCGGUCACAUUGAUUGAACUUUGACUGAAGCCCGGUCAUCAUGACCAUUUUCAAUUUGUGGCUUUUCGAUGAGAAAGGCAAUCUGAUUUACUACCGAGAAUGGAACCGCAAAAAGAAUACCUCCAUGGAGAGGAACGAGGAGGCCAAGCUGUUGUAUGGUAUGCUGUUCUCCAUCAAAUCGUUCGUCAAUAAGCUUUCACCUGCGGACAUGAAGGAUGGUUUCCUGAGUUACAAAACCAGUAAAUAUCGCUUGAAUUACUAUGAAACGCCCACGGGGGUCAAGCUCGUGAUGAACACAGAUACCACGGUCACUCAUCCCAUCGUGCGAGACUUGUUAAAGAGCGUGUACGGUCAGAUCUAUGUGGAAUAUGCAGUGAAGAACCCCAUGUACGUCCUGGGACAACCCAUUGAAUCCGAGCUGUUUGGCGUGAAGUUGGACGAUCUAGUCCGCGCAUCACCUUUGUUCAAGGCUUAGUACUUGAUAGUGACUGAUCAGAUCAUCAUGGAGAGCUUGGAUCCAUCCAAUUUGGUUCCCUCCGUGACGUAUUGGGACGAGAUCCGUGAUAUGAUGUUUGCUUUUGGCGACUCCAUCCGUCCCAAACGAGAGACGGCCGAAAUCUUAGAAGAGCUCGUCUUGGAACAAAUGAGAGAGAUCCUGUUCCGAGCCCAAGAAGUGGCAGAGAGGCGUACCAAUAGCCAAAUUGGAUUGGAAGAGCUGUUAUUCCUCCAGAGGCGGCAACCCGUGAAAAUUCAACGCCUCUUGAAAUACUUGUCCGUUCGCGACACUGCGGCCACAUUUCAGGCCCUGUCUGGCGACAACGUGAGUGCGGAAUGUAAACGCGUGAAAAAAUGUAAAGACUUCUUGCGACGAAUUGACACGGAUGGGUCCUUGAUUAAAGCUGCCAGUGAAGAGUUGCAGGACGAAGUUCGCAUGGAGCGACUCCGCCGAAUGGACCGGCUA